AGCAGCGCUCAGCCGUUUCCUGUUGGUUCAAUCAAAAGGAAGUGGCGAUUUGGAAGGAAGCUGGGGUUGAAGUAUAGGAGAGUAGUCCCUCAGUGUAAUCUUUUUCUUUUGGGAGGUUUUGCUCGUGACAACUUCCAUUACUUCGACAGCUUCUUGUUGAACUUAAAAUUUUUUAUAUUUGUAUAUAUUUUUCAAUCUUAAGUAAAUUUGGUUGGUCUAUUUUGGCCUGCCCGGCAAACAUGCAGCCGCAUGCCUAUGCAUUUCACCUUUUUUUUUUUGCAAUAAGGACGUGUAUGGUGCAGCCUUGCAAUAGUAGCAUAUAUGUUGUCCAUUGCUGUGUUGCAAAAAUCAAAAUUAAAUUCAAAUUUUCUGACAAAUUUUGCAUGAAUUUCAUUGGUUUUUGUUGAUGACCACUCAGUCAUCGAUGAAACUACUGGUGAGCGGUUUUUGGUUGGCAACAUUUUUUUUUAAAACACUGCACAUUGUACAUGCAGGAGGGGAUAUACAUUUCAGUUUCUUUUGAUAGGAAAAUAACGGUAGCUGUGCAAUGUUGAUGAGCUUCUGCAAUCCAAAGAAAGAAGGGCUUUAUUUUGUAACCAGCAAACGAUCACUUCUUAGGCUGGUUAAGGAUGAUCAGGCGUUUGCUGUAACUUCCAAGCAUUUGAAUUGUGCCAAAACUAUCAUUCCAAACAAAAGAUUUUAUAUGGGCCAGAUAAUUCUUUGCCAACUUCCAACCCCAAGGAUAGUCAUGCAUUAAAUACUGCCAAUAUAUAAUGAUGCAAAUUUUUUUGUAUCCUUUCUCAUUGGAAAAAGAUUUACUCCUUAAAAGCAUUAAUUCCCAAGAAGAAGAAAAAAAAUGUAUUUAUUCCUUUGCAAUCUGCAUUGCCCUGUACUACUAGACUCGAGUACAGAAGUUCCAACACCAGCGGAGGCCGACGGCGCGGCGGGGCGCUCUCCACCAACAUCAAUGGCCGGCGGCCUCCUCAGCAAAGCGUCCAGCGCCGUGGCCGCCUGCGCGCGCCGCGUGUCGCGCGCCACCCGCCGCCUCCUCCGCGCGCGCCUGCUCCGCCGGGGCGGCGGCGGCGGUGGUGGCGAGACCGGGAAGCCCGACGGCGGUGGCGGCGGUGGUGGCGAAGGGCUGUGGCGGCGGGCGAUACUGAUGGGGGAGCGGUGCGAGCCGCUCAGCUUCCCGGGCGCCAUCCACUACGACAGCCGCGGGCGGCGGCUCUCGCAGCCGCGCCGCGCCAAGGCGAAGCCGGCGGCGGCCACCGCCGCGCUGCUCUGCCGCUCGUCGGACGCCGUCGACGAGGCCGUCGCGGCGGCGAACAACAGCAAGGCCGCCAGAUACGUGGCGGUGUCGCUGCUCCGAGACUAGACAUCGCGCGCGUGGCGCGCGUGUUCCGGUGGCCGCGUCGCGCGCGCCGCGUGUUCCUCGGGCUGCUGCGGCGGCUGCUGCUGCAUCAACGCGCGUGAUUCUUGCUCCAGCUUUGGAAAUGGAUGAUGCAUGCCAUUUUUGUUCUUUUUCCAAGCGUCGACAAAAUUACCUGUACUUUUUUUCCCCAUUUCAUGUUACCAUAUCAGUGUAGAAUGUUUGUUUGGGCUUGUUUGGGUUUUUUGGGUUUGUUUGGGUUUUUCUGCCCUACUAAAAUUCUGAUUGCAGCGAAAUUUGAUGGUUCAGUUUGUAUCAAAAUUUUGAAAUUACUCCCUUCCGUAAUAAGCGCAGUUGUGAGUUUCAGUGUCCAACUUUGACCAUCCGUCUUAUUUAAAAUAUUUUUAUGAUUAAUAUUUUUAUUGUUAUUAGAUGAUAAAAUAUUUAUAGUACUUUAUGCGUGACUUAACUUUUAAAUUUUUUUCAUAAAAUUUUCAAAUAAAAAAAAGGUCAAAUAUUAGCACAGAAACUUACGGCUGCACUUAUAAUGGGACGGAAGGAGCAUGAGAUAAUCAUAUUCAGCUCAUAUCGGCGUUAAUAGAUAUCAAUCUGAACAUUGCACCUCAAGGGAGGUAACAUCUUCAGGGCAGGGUAACAAGACGUCAGGUUUCACAUUCUUCAACAUAUGUCCCAGAAAUGGGACAGAUGAGGUGAAAUUCAGAAGACAGCCAACAUGCCAUUUGCACAGAGAUGAAACACAUCCUAGUACUGCAAAUCAAAUCUGAACAGACAAAAUACUUUAUAUUUUGGGAGGGACGGAGAGACUAAAUCUCAGAAAUCCAGGAUACAAACCAAAAACAGGUGCAUGACUGAGACCAGAUAAAAAGCACACAAACCAGUGCCA